AUAAGAUAUACUUACAUAUAAUCAAUUUUAUUUAGUCCGCUCACUUCUACUGAAGUAAACAGUACGUUUAAUAACAAUGUGUGAACAAAAAGGUCUGCCGUUUCCCUUUGAGUUUAAGGAGCUUGAUCCAGAAGAAGAAAAAUUGAUAGAAGACAAUUUGGGACCUUUUCCGACAAGUUUGAUUAAAGUGGGACCAAAAGGUUACAUUGCAUACAGACCUUACAAGAGAGAUGCUGCGAAUAUCUACAACAUGCCUCUUAGACCUACUGACGUGUUCGUCGCCAGUUAUCAACGAUCGGGAACUACAUGGACUCAAGAGCUGGUUUGGUUAAUCGUUAACAACUUCAACUACGAAAAAGCUGCCGAGAUACCACUAACACAUCGUUACCCAUUUUUAGACCAAUUCAUGUUCUUUGAACCAAACGAGAAAGAAAAAUAUAUAAACGUUAUGUCGAAAACUGGAGAAAAUUUUGACGAGAAAAAGUAUUCACAAGUUUUGGAUAUUUUGAACCGACCAGCGUCGUCGACACUCGCUGAAGUCCCAUUAUCAGAAACACGGUUCAUCAAGACACAUUUACCAAUGUCCUUGUUGCCUCCGACGCUGUUGGAUACUGCGAAGGUGGUGUACGUGGCUCGAGACCCCAGAGAUGUAGCGGUAUCCUGUUAUUACCACGCAAGGCUCUUUAAGAUGCUGAAACCGGACAAAAGCUUUAAAGACUUCUGGAAUUUGUUCCACCGUGACUUAUAUACAUUAACUCCGUUUUUCGAGCAUGUCAAAGAAGCUUGGGAGAAGAGAAACGAACCCAACAUGCUGUUCUUAUUCUACGAGGAACUCUCGAAGGAUUUACCCACAAGCAUUAAUCGUGUAGCAGACUUCUUUGGCAAAAAGUUGAAUGAGGAGCAGAUGAGCCGACUCUGCGAUCACCUCAGUAUUGAUAACUUUAAGAACAACAAAUCUGUUAAUUAUGAAGACUUGAGAGAAGUUGGAGUACUCGCCAAAGGAGAAACAUUUAUUAGGAAAGGCAAAUCGGGCGGUUGGCGCGACCACUUCGACGAGGAGAUGACACAACAGGCUGAGAAAUGGAUCGAGGACAACUUGAAGGAUACUGACCUGCGCUUUCCAGUUAUGAAAUAAAUAUUUU